CUCAGAGAUCUGGGAAACCACCACCGUCAACAUGGGCAAGGUCAUCUUCUACGAGGACAGGAACUUCCAGGGCCGCUCCUAUGAGUGCAUGAGCGACUGCUCCGACAUGUCCUCCUACCUGAGCAGGUGUCACUCCUGCAGGGUGGAGAGCGGCUGCUUCAUGGUCUACGACCGGCCCAACUUCAUGGGCAACCAGUACUUCAUGAGGAGGGGCGAGUACGCCGACUACAUGAGCAUGAUGGGCAUGAGUGGUGGCAUCAGGUCCUGCAGGAUGAUCCCCAUGCACCGAGGCCAGUUCAGGAUGAAGAUCUACGAGAGGGAGAACUUUGGAGGUCAGAUGUACGAGCUGAUGGACGACUGCGACAACAUCAUGGACCGCUACCGCAUGUCCGACUGCAUGUCCUGCCACGUGAUGGACGGACACUGGCUGAUGUACGAGCAGCCCCACUACAGAGGCAGGAUGAUGUACCUGAGGCCCGGGGAGUACAGGAGCUUCAGGGAGAUGGGCAUGAGCGGCAUGAGGUUCAUGAGCAUGAGGCGCAUCAUGGACAUGUAUGUCCUCUCACCCUCAGAGAUCAUCUUCUACGAGGACAGGAACUUCCAGGGCCGCUCCUAUGAGACCAGCAGCGACUGCUCCGACAUGUCCUCCUACCUGAGCAGGUGUCACUCCUGCAGGGUGGAGAGCGGCUGCUUCAUGGUCUACGACCGGCCCAACUACAUGGGCAACCAGUACUUCAUGAGGAGGGGCGAGUACGCCGACUACAUGAGCAUGAUGGGCAUGAGAGACUGCAUCAGGUCCUGCAGGAUGAUCCCCAUGUACAGAGGAUCCUACAGGAUGAGGAUCUACGAGAGGGAGAACUUUGGAGGUCAGAUGUACGAGCUGAUGGACGACUGCGACAACAUCAUGGACCGCUACCGCAUGUCCGACUGCAUGUCCUGCCACGUGAUGGACGGACACUGGCUGAUGUACGAGCAGCCCCACUACAGAGGCAGGAUGAUGUACCUGAGGCCCGGGGAGUACAGGAGCUUCAGGGAGAUGGGCAUGAGCGGCAUGAGGUUCAUGAGCAUGAGGCGCAUCAUGGACAUUCGGCUGCUGAGUAAAAGCACAGAACAGCAGCAGCAGCAGCAGCAACACAACCCAUCCACAGUCAACAUGAGCAACACCGGCAUGAGCAUGAGGGGAAAGAUCAUUUUCUACGAGGACAGGAACUUCCAGGGCCGCUCCUAUGAGACCAGCAGCGACUGCUCCGACAUGUCCUCCUACCUGAGCAGGUGUCACUCCUGCAGGGUGGAGAGCGGCUGCUUCAUGGUCUACGACCGGCCCAACUACAUGGGCAACCAGUACUUCAUGAGGAGGGGCGAGUACGCCGACUACAUGAGCAUGAUGGGCAUGAGGGACUGCAUCAGGUCGUCUAGGAUGAUCCCCAUGUACAGAGGAUCCUACAGGAUGAGGAUCUACGAGAGGGAGAACUUCGGAGGUCAGAUGUACGAGCUGAUGGACGACUGCGACAACAUCAUGGACCGCUACCGCAUGUCCGACUGCAUGUCCUGCCACGUGAUGGACGGACACUGGCUGAUGUACGAGCAGCCCCACUACAGAGGCAGGAUGAUGUACCUGAGGCCCGGGGAGUACAGGAGCUUCAGGGAGAUGGGCAUGAGCGGCAUGAGGUUCAUGAGCAUGAGGCGCAUCAUGGACUCCUACUACUAGAUGUUCAGUGAAUGUAAAAACAGUUCAAUAAAGUCAAUGUUGCACUAA